AUGGCCACGGAACAACAAUUACUCUGCCGGCGGAACACGCUCCUGACAUCGCUGGGUCGGGCAGAGGCUUUUGUGUCCGGCUACGAGGCUGGGCGUGACGAGGCACAACUUCCGUUGAGGAUCAGCCACAUCGACAACAUUUGGGCCAGCUUGGAAGCGGUGCAGGUCGAACUGGAAGAUCUUGCUGAAACAGAGGAAGGUAGGGCAAUGCAUGCGGAUGUUCGUGCGGAUUAUGAACCGCGCCUUUUCUCAAUAAAAGCUAGCUUGAUGUCUAAACUGCCGCCUCCCACUUCUUCUAAUGCUCGCAAUCCUUGCUCCACUCACACUAACGCACAUGCUCUCUCUGGAAUCAAAUUACCCACAAUUUCGCUGCCUGAGUUCGACGGAGAUUAUCAGCAGUGGCUCACCUUUCACGAUACUUUCGUGGCGCUAAUACAUUCGAAUGCGGAGGUGCCCGACAUUCAAAAGUUUCAUUACCUGAGGGCAGCUGUUAAAGGAGAAGCUGCACAAUUUAUCGAAUCAAUCUCGAUCAGCUCGGCGGACUACAACCUCGCGUGGGAUGCAUUGAAAGGUCGGUACUCCAACGAAUACUUGAUGAAAAAGCGGCACCUGCAGGCGCUCUUCGACAUUCCACGGAUGAAAAAGGAGACUGCUGCCACACUUCACGGUUUGGUCGACGAGUUUGAGCGUCAUACAAAGAUUCUUCGCCAGCUGGGGGAGCCUACUGAUUCCUGGAGCACCAUCCUCGAACACUUGCUCUGCACUCGACUUCACGACGACACCCUGAAGGCAUGGGAGGACCAUGCGUCCACGGUCCAAGAUCCAGAUUACGCCUGCGUCAUCGGUUUUUUGCAACGGAGAAUCCGAGUACUGGAAUCGAUUUCGGUCAACCACCAUCCACCAUCGGGUUCCGCUCCGUCUGCUACGCCAUCGUCGAAGAAAUAUCCACCGGUUACUCAUCUUUCUUCGUGCUCGUCCACUGCCAGCACAUCGAAACGAUGCCCUGCUUGCAAUCAGCCUCAUCUUUUGGCCAGAUGUUUUAAAUUCCAACGCCUUCCACUUUCUGAACGUCUACAGAUAGUUAAUGCGAAGCGUCUGUGCCUCAACUGCCUCAGGGCCGACCAUUCCUAUCGCAACUGCCAAAUGGAGAUGAAUUGCAGGCAUUGUAAUCGGCGACACCACACCCUCCUCCACUCUUCGACGCCUGACUCAGCCCGCAGGCCCACGAGUGGUAAUGCAAUCAUGGCUUCUUCGACUCCUCUGGUUCAAUCUUGUCCACCAUCGUCGUCGGAAACGUCCCAGCAGUCUUUGGUAGCUGCAGCGGAGCAUCCUGUCGUUGAGACCAGCGUUCCAGUACAACAGCAACGAGAAAAUGUGUUCUUGUUGACCGUUAUCGUCCACGUCGUCGAUGCUUUUGGACAGGAGCACCCAGCGCGCGCUCUGUUGGACAGCGCCUCCCAACCGAAUUUGAUUACGGAGCGGCUAGCAAGCAUCCUUCAUCUUAGACGUAGUAACGUGAACAUUACGGUCCAGGGAGCUGGUAAAACCUCCAAACCCGUUCGUCAGUCCGUCUACACAGAAGUAAGAGCCAGGAACCAGCAAUUUUCGUGUGGUGUAAACUUUUUGGUCAUGGAUAAGGUCACGGCGGACCUACCAUCGAGGAAUAUUUCCACAGCUGGAUGGAGCAUACCAAAAGACCUCGUCUUGGCUGAUCCUUCCUUCAACAAAUCACAGCCGAUAGAUCUCGUCCUUGGAGCAAAGCACUUCUAUUCAUUCUUCCCCAGUGCUGCACGCCUGCAGCUGGCCGAAAAUCUUCCGGUUCUGGUCGAUAGCGUGUUUGGCUGGAUCGUCGCUGGUUCAUCGUCAUCUUUUCGCUCAGAAUGUUCGCCGAACCUGUUCGAGUCUAGUGCUGUGACCAUUUCGAUGGUAACUCUUGAAGAAAGCAUCAAGCGCUUUUGGAAGAAUGAAGAACUCGUCAUGAACGACAACUACUCCGUAGAGGAAAGGCGUUGUGAAACACUGUAUCAAUCCACAGUCUCACGCAACGAAGAAGGUCGCUACAUUGUGCGUAUGCCACGUCAGCCGGACUUCCACACCAUGCUUGGAACGUCAAAGACCAAUGCGCUACGUCGAUUUGAACUCCUGGAGAAGCGAUUUCAACGGGAUCCGAGGCUCAAAGCGGACUACCACGCCUUCAUGCAAGAAUACAUCGAGCUUGGACAUAUGCGUGAAGUGGAAGAAGGUGAAGAGGAACCAGCUAUCGCGUAUUAUUUGCCACACCACCCAGUGUUUAAGGACUCCAGUACGACGACGAAGGUCCGAGUCGUAUUCGAUGGGUCAGCGAAGAUAUCGACCGGCCAUUCGCUCAAUGAAGCACUUUGCGUGGGCCCGGUGGUACAGGACGACCUGCUUGAUAUUAUGAUGCGAUUCCGGACGUACAAGGUAGCAGUUGUUGGAGAUAUUGCGAAAAUGUAUCGUCAAGUACUACUCCAUCCGGACGACCGAUCACUGGUUAGAAUAUUCUUCCGCUUUUCGCCACAGUCUCCGAUCCGUAUCUACGAGUUGCAGACCGUCACAUACGGCUUGGCGCCAUCUUCCUUUCUUGCAACACGCACACUCCAGCAGCUGGCGGACGACGAAGGCCAUGCGUUUCCCCUUGGUGGCCCAGCACUGCGCAAAAGUUUCUACGUGGACGAUUUUAUCGGAGGAGCUCGGACUGUGGAAGAAGCCAUCCGUCUGCGUUCUGAAAUGGGUGAACUGCUGGAAAAAGGAGGAUUCGAGUUGCGAAAGUGGACGUCGAAUGAGCUAGAUGUACUCCGUGGGCUGAAGGACGAGCAAAUCGGGACGCAAUCCUCACUUCAGUUUAGCCCCAACGAAACUAUCAAGGCCAAGCAUAUUGGGAGCCAGGACCCGAUACGCUACGCUUCGACUCCAAUAUCGACCCUAGUGAUGACCCACCGACAAAGCGAACCAUCCUAUCCUGCAUUUCUCGUCUCUUCGAUCCGCUUGGGCUCAUAG